AUGAGCCCAAUCAAACGUGUUGGUGGUGCGGCUGAACCAGCUGCACAUACCGUGGUGGUCGACGACCAUCACCUGGAAGAAAAGUCGGCAGCGCCUGCGGAGGCGAUCGAGAAGAUGCUAGCCAUGCUAGGAGACCUGUUCGAAAGGAUGAAUCGGAUGGAGGUCUCCCAGAGAGAGCAAGGCGGCAAGAACUGGCAGGGCUCACCCGAUUCGAGUAUCGCCAGUCGGCAACAGGAGGUCGGGGCAGGGAUUAAUCUCCAGACUUUAUCCCGUACCCCUCCUAAGGAAUCUCCAAACGUGUCACCAGCAACAUAUUUCGGUAUUCGGCGACAACAACAGGCAGGUGUUGAAGGUCCUCACGCGAGAAAAGCAGAGGAAGGAGUCAACAUGGGUCAGGCACCCGUCCCUGGGAUAUACCGGGCAGGUUUGCCUGAAGGACGCUACCCCGGUAUGGGUAUGCCUAACGGGGUGUGUGUUUACCCUGGGCAGCCGGGAGUCGGCAUGCCGGACGCGCAACAGCGGAAGCUGGCAUUGCAACCUUUCGACGGAAAGGAGCUCUACCACGGCCUUGGCUGUGGAUUCAUGGAGUGGGGCAAAGAAUUUGUUAGACAAGUCGGGUUUGCUGAGCGAGCGUGUGGUUUCGUGUAG